AUGGCCGAGUACAAGGUAGAAGUGACGACAGGCAACUUGCAAAGUGCAGGAACAUCGGACCACAUAUAUGUCACUUUAUUUGGAAGUAAAGGGCAGAGUGACCGAACUGAGUUGGACAACUAUGGUAUCGACUUCACAGCGGGGACAACAGGGAUUUAUACGGUGAAAUCCAGUUUGUCUCUGGGGGAACUUCUGCUGGUGAAGGUGGAGAAGGAUCCGUUCUUCCUCCUCCCAGAAAAUGAGUGGUACUUAUCCAAACUGGUGGUGACCACUCCAGAGGGAGACGCCAUUCUUUUCCCCUGUUACAGAUGGAUCUCCAGGGGAGAGAUGGUAGAGCUGAGGGGAGGGAGAGCCAUGAAGGUUUUUGAGGAGAAGCAUCCCCUGCUGAUUGAACAUCGGGAAAAGGAGCUGGCACUUAAAAAGAGCUUUUACCAAUGGAAGAUUAUGUAUGAAGGACUACCCCACGGCAACAGCUUGGAGGAAGCGUCUGAGUUACCAUCUGAAGUUCGCUUCUCUGCAUCCAGAUCACAUGAAAUGUCGAGCACACAAGUGAUAACUGGAAUUGAACUCGUGCUUAAGGGGCUGCUUGGCUCUGCUGAAAAAUGGGAAAGCAUUGAAGACAUGAAAAAAAUCUUCUGGUACAAAAGGACUACAAUGUCAGAUUAUGUUGCAGAACACUGGAAGGAAGACGACUUUUACGGAUACCAGUUUCUGAACGCAGUCAACCCUAACGUGAUCAAGAGGUGCACAGUGCUUCCCCGAAACUUUCCAGUGACAGAGGAGAUGGUAAAGCCAUUCCUGGAAAAGGGAAGCUCUCUGAAGAGUGAAAUGAAGAAAGGCAAAAUCUUCCUCUGUGACAAGAAGAUGAUGGAUGGAAUACCGCCUAGAACCUAUAAUGGUGAAACUCUGCAUGUGACUGGUGGACUCUGUUUGUUCUACAUGAACCCAAACAACAAGCUGAUGCCAAUAGCAAUACAGCUGCAUCAACAACCCUCUGAGGAGAACCCCAUCUUUCUGCCCAGUGACACGGAGACGGACUGGCUGCUAGCCAAGAUGUUUUUUAAAAGUGCAGAUGUAAUUGAUCAUGAAGCAGUCCAUCACCUCAUGAACACUCACUUUCUGGCAGAAGUUUACAUUCUCGCCACGGUCCGCAGCUUCCCUGUGAUUCAUCCCCUCUACAAGCUGCUGUUCCCACACUUCCGAUACACUCUCCACAUAAACACUACAGGCCGCACCGCUCUUCUUGGACCUGGUGGAACUUUCAGUCUAAGUUCACUUGGAACCGACGGGGCAAUAGAGCUCAUGAGAAGGGCUCUCUCUGAACUGACCUACAGCACCUUCUGUCUGCCAGAGAAUAUUGCUGCACGAGGACUUGAGUCUAUCCCCAACUUCUACUACAGAGAUGAUGGCCUGAAGCUGUGGAACAUCAUUAACAGCUUUGUGAAGGCCAUAGUGGAGUACUAUUAUCCCUCAGACAGAGAGGUCCAGAAAGACACUGAGCUGCAGGAAUGGAUCAGUGAGAUAUUCACACAUGGCUUCUUAGGAAACAAAGCUUCAGGCUUUCCAGCAAGCUUUCGCUCUGUCAAGGAAGUGGUCAAGUUCAUCACCAUGGUGAUCUUCUCAAUGACGGCUCAACAUGCUGCAGUCAAUAACGGGCAGUUUGACUACCACUCCUGGGCGCCCAAUGGCACGCUCCUGCUGCACAAAUCUCCUCCAACCACUAAGGGGCAGUCAAGCAUGAAGACAAUUAUGGAGACCCUCCCAAAUAUUGGAGAGACGGUCAGUUUUGCUGCAAUGGUGCGGCUACUUUCGGAACAGUACUCUGACAUGGUUGUCUUGGGGGCAUACCCUGAAGAACGAUUCGAUGAGCCUGCCCCGAAGCAGAUGAUUAAGGAAUUUCAAGCUGAGUUGUCCUCCCUCAGUGAGGCAAUUGUAAAAAGAAACUCAGAGCUUGAAAUACCCUACACCUAUCUGGAUCCUAGUCAGAUAGAGAACAGUGCUCUCCCAGUUGGUCCAUCUCCCCUGCCUAGCCAUGGAGACAGCUUUGGCAUGUCGGUCUACCUCCUCCUGCCUCCUGACUUCCUCUACCACAAGCUGUCUCUUCUGCGCUGGUGUUGCUUGGUGCCACAGAGGAGCUUUUGGGAUGAGCCCAAGACCCGCUCUCCCAUGCUGGACUUGGCCAACCACAUCUCUAAAGUGAAGAGCGGACUUUGCACUCUGAACAGCUUCUGA